AUGUCUCUGACACGCUCCUUUGCUCGGGUCCUUGCUCAAAGCCACGCAUGUCCGGUGGUCUGCUCCCGCUGUGUGUCAUGUUCACGACGACUGUCGACAUCCGCGCUCGCACCUGCUGUCCAGCGCUUUACUCGUGAACUGGUCAAGCACCAGCCAUGCUACGCGAUUUCUGCGUCCAGUGUCAACAUUGUGACCGAGCCACGCCAAUUCUACCUAUGCUUACUGGAUCUCAUACGCCGAGCGCGACGAAGACUCUUCAUCUCUUCCCUCUACAUCGGUUCAGAGGACCUCGAACUGAUUGAGACCUUGGAGGCAUCAUUGCACGCACAGCCUUCCCUUCACGUCUACAUGCACCUUGACUAUAAUCGGUGCACCCGACCUGAACGUCUAUCUACCGCGAACUUGCUUCUGCCUCUGUUGCAGCGCUACCCGGACCGCGUACACGUCUGGUUCUUCCGAAGUCCAAAACUGAAAGGGUUGAUGGCUAAGGUCAUGCCUCCUCGCUUCAACGAGGGCUGGGGCGGCACAUGGCAUCCGAAGAUAUACGGCGCCGACGAUGACCUGGUAAUAUCUGGUGCGAACCUGAACACAUCGUAUUUCACCAACCGCCAAGAUCGAUACGUCCAGCUGACUGGCCAGCCCGAGUUGGCUGACUACUGUUUCUCGUUUCUGGAACAGACAGCUAGCUUCUCGUACUCUCUGCGGCCGUCCUCGACAGACAAGAUGCUUACGAACCUACAUCCUCAUCAGUUCGAGCCGACGGCACAAACAGUUCUCAAGACGUUCCAAGAAAGACAGAGGAAUCGUGUCUCCAACAAAAUCGCGUCUCUACUCUCUGGGUCUUCUGAGUCGCAGAACCAUGAAGAUGUUUUGGUCAUACCCAUCAUUCAAGCCGGGCAGUUCAAUGUCCGCGAAGAGGAGCGAUGUCUCGCCAUGCUUUUCCAGCACCUCGCAGAGCCUGCAUCCCUUUCGUCGCAUUAUGAAGGACCACUGGUAGAUUUGACGAGCGGAUAUUUCGGCCUCUACAAACCGUACCAAAACCUAGUCAUCAACUCGCCGGUGGCGUGUCGGGUCUUGGCGGCUAGUCCAAAGGCAAAUGGAUUUUACGGCUCGCGAGGCGUGUCUGGCAGAAUCCCAGAAGGCUAUACAGUUCUCGAACGAAGAUUCAUGACAGCUGUCCGGGCGGCUGGACGAGCAUGGCCGUCUGAACAACCCGUUCAGGACCGGAUUGAGUCGGGUGUCCAGCUGAGCGAAUGGGCAAGGGAAGGAUGGACAUACCACGCCAAAGGCAUUUGGCUCCGACCAACACCCUCCGCACAUCCGUGCCUCACACUCUUCGGCUCCACCAACCUCAACGCGCGCUCCGCCAACAUUGACACGGAGCUGUCUUUCAUGCUUGUCACGACCUCGCCAAAGCUACGCGCGCGUCUCGCAGAGGAGGUUGACGGUCUCAGGUCGCAUGCGUAUCCUUGGAUGGGCGCAGAGAGGAGAGUGCGGCCCUUCUCCUGGUUGCUCGCCAACGCACUCUCUAGUCGCCUCUAA